AUGCCCACUGGACUGCUCAAUGUUACCAUAGCCAGCGAUUCUCCUACUGUCAAGUACUUACCGUUCAGCGAUGGGGAUCUUAACGGUGGAUGGAAUAUGACAUGCUCGAAUUCGAAUGACAAAACAUACAUCCCACAGUCGUUUUGCAACGGACAGGCUCAAAGACGAACUUCUUUUCCAGAAGCAAGUCUGUCCAUUGAUUUUUAUGGGACUGCUGCCUAUAUCUUUGGGAGCGCUGCGUCACCAUCGUAUCUUGUUCAAGUCGAUGGUCAGACGCUCAGCGAAACCCUGAGUAGUUCAUCGUCAGGAUUGUUGGCCAAAAUCGAAAAUCUGGACUACGGAAAGCACACAAUAGCUCUAAAUCUCACUGGCGCCUCCCUAGUGACGUUCACCCAGGCCAUCUUUACAACCAUUAUCGGUGAUGAAAACAGUACCAUUCAAAACCAGACAAUGAGACCUUUUACCCAAAAUAGUGACGGCUCUCUUGCCGUACUCAACAACACAUUCACGUACACUGGUCAAUGGAUAGCUGGGGCUCCAGGAAGCAUAGGGGCAGCGGGGAACGCGGUGUAUGCUAGAGAGAGUACGAGUCAGCUUGGGGCGUUUGUCACGUUUAAUGUCGAAAGGGCAUCCGCUUUCUUUAUAUACGGCAUUGUCAACACCGAUCUCAGCACAUAUAAAAUCGACUUGACCAACUCGGGCGGUAACACUGUGUCGAAUAUUUAUAAUGCCUCUGGACGUUGGAUUGACCUAGACGUUGUGAUGUAUUGGGCCGCAGGUUUGGAUAGGAACGACACGUACUCGGUGAAAAUGACAAAUUUAGGUGGUGGGGACGCACCUUGGUCCAGCAAUAAUACCGCAUCCUCUUCACCUACUGCUAGUCCCCACACGCACAAUAAACCAAUCGGUCCCAUUGUGGGAGGAGUGGUUGGCGGAUUAGCGAUCAUCCUUUUAGGCACGCUCGCAUGGCUAUUACUUAGGCGAAGAUCCCGACGCUUGGGCGAGUCCUCUUUGAAUACAAGGCCUACUAUUUUCGACACAAGCAGGCAGCCGAGUACCGUUCACGAGUCGGGAUUACACUCUGAGAUACAUAUGAGCGGAAACGGCCUCAAUAGCAUGUCGGCUGGGGCAUCAGUUGUAGCAAAUCGAUCAUAUUCUAAUAUACCGAACCCAAGUUCGAAGGCAGUCAUAAUGGCUCCUCCCAGUACAACAGCUUCAAGCAUGAUCUUAGAAUCAGGUUCACCAUCUGUUGUUUUGUCUCCCGAGGGUAGGAAUGCCUUAUUCUACCAAGAAGAAGAUGCUGGUUCUGUAUCUGAGCGUAUAGAUUCGACAAUUGUGAGGCUUCCUCCGGGUUAUAAGGACACAUGGGCAUCAUCGUCGUAG